AGGAAGAGGUAGAGAGGGAAAAGCAGGAGAAGGGGAGGCGGUUAUUCCAAGAUGGCGGGUCAAGAAGAUUGGUGUAUGUGUGUCCAGUGGCUUGUCCGCUGUCAGGUUUUACCGAAGGAACACCGGGCCAAUUCACCGCAAGCCCAGAUUUUCGACUUGGCACAAGCUCUUCGAGACGGAGUAAUAAUAUGUCACCUGCUAAACCAUUUGAAUCCAGCUUGUCUGGACUUAAAGGAUUUCAGUCAGAGACCUCAGAUGUCACAGUUUUUAUGCCUGAAAAAUAUAAGGACAUUUUUACAGACAUGCAAGAAAGUAUUUGGUUUAAAGGAUCAGGAUUUGUUUGAUCCGCCAGAUCUGUUUGAUGUGAAAGAUUUUCGGAAGGUUUUGUACACAUUGUCGAAACUUUCUAAAACAGAACUAGCUCAAAAGACUGCCAGAGGGUUCUCUCCUCCUGAUACGAGACCUCUCACUAUUGAACAUGAUUAUUACAACACAUUGGAGGAUCUUGCAACCGAGUUUCCACCCUUCGUAGAAACCCAAGAAUACGAUGAGGAUGAAGACAUUUACAGUAACCUUAAAGAGAUGGCAUUUGAGAAUGACUUGGAUGAUAACCAGGAUUUAUAUGAUGUUGUGUACGACGGCGAGGAAGAUGAACAGAUUUAUGAACACUUGUGUAUUCGACAUCAAAGAUUCUCCACACUUCUUUCUGCUUACUUACAGACGGGAAUGCCACCUCCAACCACAAAACGGGACCACUGCCUCAAAGAGUUGGUUGACACAGAGAAAAAUUAUGUUGAAGCCCUAUUAAUGAUUGUGAAUCAUUUUAGUAAACCUCUUCGAAAUGUUUUACCUCCACAAGAGCGAGAAAUUAUAUUCAAGCACAUAGAACCUCUUUUGGAAGUUCAUCAGGCCUUUCACAGUGAACUCUUGAAGGCCUGCUCGAAAGGUGUACCUAAAAUUAGUGAGGUGUUCAUUAAACAUAAACCUAAAUUUCUCAUUUAUGGGGACUUUUGUUCCAACUUGCCCCAGGCACAAGACCUCAUUGAUGAAGCAUGCAAGCGUAGUGAAUUAGUGAGAAAUUCCAUUGAAGAGUGUCAGACAAGAGCAAAUGAUGGAAAAUUUCGUCUCCGAGACCUUCUCUCUGUGCCGAUGCAGCGUGUCCUCAAAUAUCAUCUGUUACUGAAGGAAUUAAUUAAGCAAACAGAUAAAACGGAUGAUGAUCGGAAGAAUCUAGAAAUAGCUUUGGAAGCUAUGCAGGAUUUAUCAUUAUAUGUAAAUGAAGUGAAGCGUGACAAUGAAGCUGUUGACCUUAUUGAAGAAAUUCAAAACAGUAUUGUUGAUUUACAGAUGCCCCCUAAUAUUUCCCUGAAGGAUUAUGGCCGUUUACAGAAAGAUGGUGAUUUGAAAGUGAGAUGUCAUUCUGAUAACCGAGCUCGACCAAGAUAUAUUUUUCUCUUUGACAAAGUGAUGCUUAUGUGUAAAUCACGGAUUGUGGAUAAACUCUUUUGGGGAGAAGCAUAUAGUUAUAAAGAAGCUAUUGCUCUUGGCGAAUACCGAAUCGAUGAACAAGUCCCUAGUCGGGAUCAACAGAGGAAGCCUGAUAAGUGGAACUUUUCCUUCACGAUGGUGCAGAAGAAUCAAGAGCUAGCUUAUACUUUCUUUGCUAAAACCGAUGACAUGCGUAGUAAAUGGAUUGAAGCAAUUUUACUGUCACUUGAUAAUGUUCAACCAGCUGCAGGAUCUACCUAUGUGAUGCAUACUUUUAGUAAACCUAAAGAAUGUGAUGUGUGUGGUAAACUGUUGAGAGGUGUGUUUUUCCAAGGUUACCAGUGUCAAGAAACAAAAAAAGCUGUUCACAAAGAAUGUAUUGGGAAAGAAAAGAAUGUGCCUCCAAUACCUCCAAGAACUAGUCAUGUUCGCUCAUUAGAAGAAUAUUUAGGAAUUCCUGCACCUCCAAAUGAACGGACCGCUUUAAAAUUCCAAAGUGACACAGUUAUUGAGCUUCUACAGAAAUCAGAUGAAUGGUGUCGAGGUCGGUUACGUGGUGAUGAAGGAUGGUUUCCAGCUCGGUCAGUUUCAGAUGUUUCAAGUCGGGAUCAUCAUCGAAAGACUUCAUACACUGAACAUAAGCUGAAUGGCCACCAUCAUGCUAUUACUAAUACUACAGAGCAUGGCAACAAUCUACCUAAGUUUGACACCUCUAUGUUAACAAAAUACCCUUGGUAUGUAGGACCAAUGGAACGUGACUGUGCCACCAAGAAGUUAGAGGGCCAUGCCAGUGGCACAUACAUGAUUAGAGAGAGUCAGAACCCAACACGAGCAGGAGAGUUAUCUCUUAGUAUAUGUUUUGACAGUACAGUUCGUCAUAUAAAAGUGAAUAAAACGUUAGAAGGAGAUUUUUUCUUGGCCGACAUCAAAUUUUUCCACUCACUCCCAGAACUUGUCGAGUGGUAUCAAGAAAAUUCCUUGGUUCACAGUUUUCCUGAGUUGAAGACACAAUUAAAGAUCCCCUUCAAAGAAAGCACAACAGGUCGGCUACUUUCCGCUAACAUACGUUCGAGAAGAAGAAGACUAAAAGCGGGAAACCAGAAUGCUCCGUCACGAACCCCAUCUGGUCUUUGUAUUCCGAGGAACAACAAAAACACCAUUACCGCAACAACAACAACAACAACAUCAACAACAAAAAAAAAUACUGCUACUCCAACAACAAUAUCGACAACAAUCACUACCACCACCACCACCACCAGCACCACCACCGCCGCCACCACCACUACCACCACCACCACCACCGCCACCUUAGUCUGAAGUGUUGACUCUGUGGAAGUAUGCCUGCUGUUAGCAUGUACGUCAAUGGAAGUGUGCAACAUAUGGUUAUAUAUGUGCAUGCAUGCGUGAUCAUGUCUCUUGUUUGCUGUUUCAUUCACUUUAUUGACCUGGCAUAUACUAUGCAUUGUUUUUUUUUUUUGUUUUUUUUUUCUCUCCACCCCCCCACCCCCCGUCUCAUCAGGCGAGUUCAGUUCUGGCUCCGAACUGAGCUGCAAACGCCACCUAUACUCUGCUCUCAUGGUUACCUCCCGGCCCCUACCUAAAACAAGCUCGUUGGUUUUGGGGGGGGGGAGAGGAGGAAGGAAAAAAAAGGAAGGAGGUGAAGGAAGAAGAAAAGGGAAGAAAAAAAGAAGAAAAGGAAAAAAAACGAAGAUGAAAG